GGCCAGAGCUACCUCUGUUUCAACCCUCAUAAUGGUGCAAAUAAUAGUCCAGAUACCUGCUAAAGGCAAGGAGUGUAAAGAAUGGGCCAUUGUAGAGCUUCAAGGUGACUUGGAAACAAGACAUCCUGUUCCACUAAACCACAAUUUUAUUGGGGAUUUACAUUUUACCCAUCAGGAUGCCCCUGUCCUGAUCAUUGGUCAUCACAUAUUACAAGGCAAAGUUAUUUCUCUUGAAAAACCAUUGGCAGUGCUUACCAAAUGUUCAGAAGCCAAUGACAGGAUAAUAUCAGCAGAAGAUACAAGUUCUCUGUCACAUGCUGCUCAUGGUUCAAGUUAUUAAGUCAAGGCUAUUAUAAAAAGAAAAAUAUUAUUUAAAACGAGACCUAAACCAAUCAUUGCUCAUGUACCCAAAAAAUUGUAAUUCUGUUUGUAUCUGUAGUGUUAUUUAAGGACUGUCAUAAAAAUAAAUAUUUUUUUUACAUAAUGAAAAAAAAAAAAAA